GGCGCCUUAAGAGAAAAUGGCCAGUGUAAUUCAAGCAGCGUAUCGGAUCACUACGGAUUAACGUAAAUUAAUAGAAUUAUAUGGAUAUUUCGCACAAAAUGAUACAGACUAUUUUAUUCUUUACGUGCCUCGGCAUUGGGGCCGGGAUGUCGGUUGUUAACCCGGGCCCCAAAUUCCCCCCCACUAAGGGAGAAGUGUGGCCUAAGCCCCAAGAGGAAGCUAAAGAAAUCAAAUACUAUUCAUUCAACCCCUUGCAUUUUAACGUUAAGGUCGUAGGACAGAAAUGUACCAUCCUAACAAAUGCGAUACAGAGGUAUUCCUAUGUUGUCAAACACAAGAACGGAGUGACCCACGCACGGCGCGAAAGACGCAAACGAAGAAACGGACGGUCACACGAUGAGAAUUACCAGGGUCGGUUGUUGGAGCUGGAGGUGGACCUCACGGCGCCUUGCGAGGAAUACCCUCACGUGGAUAUGGAUGAGAGCUAUAACCUGAAUGUGUCUGCUACUUCAAUAUUAAGGAGCCCGUCUAUUUGGGGAAUUAUCAGAGGCCUCGAGACAUUUUCGCAUCUCUUCUAUCUUUCUGACGAUCGAAAUGAACUACGAGUCAAUAAAACACAAAUCAUCGACUACCCACAAUACUCCCACCGCGGUCUGCUGCUAGACACCUCGCGACACUACAUCUCUGUGGCUAACAUCUUGAAGACUUUAGACGCGAUGGCGAUGAACAAGAUGAACGUGUUCCACUGGCAUAUCGUGGAUGACCAGAGCUUCCCUUACCAAAGUGAACGAUUCCCAGAAUUGAGUCAACAAGGCGCUUACGAUCCGUCUAUGGUAUACACAAAGGAUGACAUAAAAAUAAUUAUUGAUUACGCUAGAGAUCGGGCCAUUCGCGUCAUUCCCGAAUUCGAUGUGCCAGGGCACACACGAUCAUGGGGUAACGCGUACCCAAGUGUUCUCACAGAAUGUUAUCGUAUGGACAAGGUUAUUGGCCUAGGGCCCAUGAACCCAACGAAGAACAUCACAUACAAGCUGCUCCGAGACCUGUUCCAGGAGGUGCAGACGUGGUUCCCCGAUAAAUACUUCCACAUUGGUGGCGAUGAAGUUGAAUUGGAUUGCUGGAGAUCGAACCCCGAACUCCGCGACUACAUGAACAAGAACAACCUCACUGUGCCGGAGUUGCACGGACUCUUCAUGUCCAACGCAAUACCUUUGCUCGCUAAUGGCUCCGAAGUUGUCGUUUGGCAGGAAGUAUUCGACGAACACGUUCCUCUAUCUAAAGACACGCUGGUGCAAGUUUGGAAGGGAAGUUGGAUUAGCGAAAUGGUCACGGUGCUCACUGCGGGACAUCGUUUGAUAUUCUCCUCCACCUGGUAUUUGGAUGCUUUGGGUAGUGGCUGGACGGAUUACUACUGGGCCGACCCUCGCCAGAUGGUAUAUGAUGUGACCUACAACAGGACACUGCUUGACAACAUUGUUGGCGGCGAAGCGUGCAUGUGGGGCGAGAUGGUGGACGACAGGAACGUUAUUAGCAGGGUAUGGCCAAGAGCAAGUGCAGUAGCCGAACGGCUGUGGAGUGCUAACACAAUCGGCAGGCGGUCGGUCUUUGAUACAAUACCAGCAGAAGUUUAUCACCGCAUAGAAGAACAUACCUGCAGAAUGAUUCGACGCGGAAUCGAUGCCCAACCACCAACCGGACCCGGAUUUUGUAUUGCAUAAGAUAUUUUUGUUAAUAGGUGUUUGAUGCUCAAAUAAAUCAAUAUUAAUUAGCCUGUGA